AUGGCCAAACGGACAGCAAUCGUGACAGGUUCGUCCCGGGGGAUAGGCGAAUCUAUCGUUCGGCGACUUGCGGCAGAAGGCUACGCGGUCUGCGUCAACGAUGUCUCAGCCAAUAAAUCCGGCAUCGACAAAGUCGUCUCCGAGCUCAACUCCGCACAUGGCUCUGGUACCGCCAUCGGCGUGGUGGCCGAUGUGACCUCGUCGGAAGAAGUGCAAUCCAUGAUCAAAGAGUCGGUAGAGAAACUGGGUCCCCUGACAGUGAUGGUUGCGAACGCCGGUAUCGCGCAGGUCGCGCCGGCACUGGAGAUUUCCGACGCGGACGUCCGCAGAAUGUUCGACGUGAACUUCAUGGGGGUGUGGCUGUGCUAUACGCAGGCGGCGAAACAGAUGAUCUCCCAGGGACCGGUACCCGAAGGCAGCAGCGGGUACAAGAUCAUAGGCUGCGCGAGCAUCGUGGCCUUCAAGCCCUUCCCGCUCCUGUCGCACUACAGCGCCUCGAAAUGGGCAGUGAGAGGACUCACCCAGGUGUUCGCGAUGGAGCUGGCCAAGCACAAGAUCAACGUGAACGCCUACGCGCCGGGAAUCGUCGGGACCGCCAUGUGGGAGCAGAUCGACGAGAAGCUGGGCGAGAUCGAGGGCAGGAAGAAGGGCGAGUCGCUCCAUAAGUACAGCUCGGAUUUGACGGCGCUGGGACGCGUGAGUGUGCCGGAUGACGUCGGAAAUGUUGUUGGCGGCUUCAUGUGCUCCAAAGAUGCUGAGUUCGUCACGGGUCAGACCUUGGUGAUUGACGGCGGGAUCGUGUUCACCUGA